CAGACAGACGGAGAGAGGAACAGAACUGUGUGAAUGGACGAGGGACAUAAAGAGGGAGAAGAACCUCUGUUACCUAACUAAAUCUGGAGAAAAAAAACAGUCGGCCCUGCUGAAGGAUUAGCUCCCUAUUCGUGCUAACAUGGCUCUACCCUCUGUGGUGGUGUUGCCCCUGCUGAUCGUCGUGGCGGCCGGGGUGUACUACAUCUACAAUGUAGUCUCGCAGUUCAUGUCCAAGUCCAUAGUGCGAAACAAAGUGGUGGUGAUCACUGAUGCUGUGUCCGGACUGGGAACUGAGUGUGCCCGUCUCUUCCAUAAGGGUGGUGCCAGACUGAUCUUGUGUGGGAGUAGCUGGGAUAAGCUGGAGUCUCUGUAUGACCAUCUGACUAAUGACUCUGACCCCAGAGAGACGUUUGCCCCAAAGCUGGUGAUCCUGGACUUCAGCGAUAUGGACAGCAUGGAGGACGUGGUGGCUGAGGUGGUGGAGUGUUACGGCUGCGUGGAUGUGUUGAUCUGUAACAGCAGCAUGAAGAUGAAGGCCCCGGUGCAAAGUGUCUCCCUGGAAGCGGACAGAAACAUCAUGGAUAUUAACUAUUUCGGCCCCAGCACUCUGGCCAAAGGUGUUCUUCCAACAAUGAUCUCAAGAAGAUCUGGUCACAUUGUUCUGGUCAACAGUAUCCAGGGAAGACUGGCUGUCCCAUUCAGAAGUUCAUAUGCUGCAUCUAAGCAUGCCGUGCAGGCCUUCUUCGACUGCCUGCGGGCUGAAGUGGAGGAGUUUGGGAUAGUCGUCAGCAACAUCAGUCAUACCUUCAUCAAUGCCUCCGACCAGCAACCUGCGGAGGAGUCCGCCCCUAAAACAAACACGCUGGCUGCAUUUAUCGCCAGCCAGUUGACCCAUGGUGUGUGCCCGUCAGUCCUGGCCAAUGAGAUCAUGCAAACAGUAAACAGGAAGAGGAAGGAGGUUGUGCUGGCCCACCCCAUCCCCAGGGUGGCCCUCUACCUCCGCUCCCUCUUCCCCUCCUUCCUCUUUGCUGUGCUGGCUGCUGGAGCGAAGGACUCAGUCCUGGCUGAGCAGAUGCAGUAGGAGAACUUCUGAAAUGGAACAAUAAAGAGAUGUGAAAUAAAGCAAGGAUGUGUGGAAAUGGUAGAUAUGUAAUAGUAUGUGUUUGGCACAAGGCUGGAUCACAAGCUGGGCAAAGCGGGCAACUGCCCCAGGGCCCCAGGGCCCUUAGGGGGCCGAAGGCUUCAGGUUUAUCAUAUGGCAAUUUAUUUGUGGUAAUUUAUGUUAUAAUCUUUAAGAUUUUCCAGAAAUCAAACCCUGUUCGUCAUACUAAUUGUGGUCUUACACAUUUACACUCUGUAAUGACCUCUAUUAUAGUUCAUUGUUAGUGGCUGAGUCCCACGUUUCAUUCAGUUUAACUCCACAUCCAAAACAAUGCAAGCAUGUAAUCCAGCGCUACAGUGUGUAGCUUUAUAUCAGCCUCAUUGUUUACUGUUAGCUCCUCUUACCACUGUAUCAGCGCAAACAGCAAACCCAGUGAUCUCUACUUGCAGGGCUGUGUAGUGGCAGAAGUUCAUUUCUCAAGUACUUAAAUACAAUUUUGAGUUGAAUGUUGAAUUCAGGAUUUCAGUGUUAUGAUACAUUAUGGAAGUAAAGGAAAGGCCGUAAGGAUUUGAAUCAUGUAAACAAUUGAAUAAGUCAUUGUGAUUGUAUUUGUGGCAGGAAGGAGGAGGAGGAGGCUUCUUGGUGAAUGAUGUACACAUUAAAUGAGCUGACGGGAUUGUAUUUCACUGGAGCUUUCAUGUAACAAAUAAAAUGUAUUGAUUAUCUGAA